CCAAGCGGAAGAUGUCAGCAGGCGCCUGGUACAGAUGAGGAACCUGUUUCACACAACAACUGCUACUUGAAGGGAAAAAAGAAGAAGAAGCAGAUGAUACCAAGACAAGCUCAUAACAGAGACCUAAUCACCAGAUGUGUAUGGAUGAAAAUACAGUGAGAUGAGUCAGAAAACGAGUAAGGAGGGUCCCAGACUCUCCAAGAACCAGAAGUUCUCCGAGCAGUUCAGCAUACGUUGCUGCCCGCCAUUCACCUUCCUCAACUCCAAACGUGAGAUUGUGGACCGGAAAUACAGCAUCUGCAAAAGUGGCUGCUUCUACCAGAAGCAAGAAGAGGACUGGAUCUGCUGUGCCUGCCAGAGGACCAGAUUGAGAAGGAGGAGCAAGCCAACCCCAAGGAAGAAGUAA